GUACCAUUAAACUGCGCAUGCGCUGUAGCCAUAUAGCGGUAUGGCGGUGAAAACUGUAAACAUAAACUUGUGAUUGUUGGAUAUUAGCGAAGCAUAGGAUCUUUGAAGUAAUGAACCCUGUAAAGAAAAUAACAAAAGAAGAUACUUGGAGGUCCGAUGACUUAAAAGCACACAUUCCGGGACACGAAGAGAGCAGAAGAAGAGAAAGAUCCAAACGAGAUGUGGAUCACAAGAUGAGCAGAGAUGGAGACUCUGUGGAUCGACCAUAUAGAGACCCCGAUCGAGAUGCACGAAGAGAGAAAGAGAAACAAAGAGAGAGAGAAAUGACAAGAGAGGGGAAUAAACACAGAGACCCAGACAGGGAAAGAAAUCAGGACUUUGAGAAGGAAGAAGACAGGGAAUAUAGAUAUAUAGAGAAAAGGAGAGAACGAGAGCACAGACACAGAGAUGGAGAUAAAGAGAGUAAAGAAAAAAGAAACAAUAGAGGUGAAAGGGAAAGUGAAAGACUGAGGGAUAAGGAAAAGGACAGGUAUAAGGAACGAAUCAUUGAGAUGUCCAAACAGUGGGACAGAGAUACAGACAGGGACAGAGAAAAAGAUAAAGACAGAGAGAAGAGGAGGGCAGAGAGAAACAGGGAGCGAGAGAGUGAAAAAGACAGAAGGAAAGAGGAAGGAAGAAAAGAUCUUGAUCAAUCUAGAUCAGAAGAGAGAGUGAGAGACAAAGAAAGAGAGAGAGAACGAGAGAGGAGAGAAAGACACAGAGCUCGAGAAAGUGACCUGAGGCAAAAUGAAUAUGAGGAAAAACAAAGAGGAGAAAGAAGAGAGCGACGCAGUGAUAAAGAACAAAAAGAAAUGGAACACAGAAGAGAUAGAGAAGACAGAGAAAAGAGAAGAAAGGAUAAAGAAAGCCAUGAAGCUGACACAAGUCACUCUCGAGAACCUGGCAUCAAAGAUGUUGAUAGGGAGAGAGAAAAAGCCAUUGAGAGGGAAGAGAGACACAGGCGGCGUGACCGAAGGCUCAAAGAGGCUUCAGAUUCCAAGAGGAAUGACAAAGAACAGAAACAUAAAGAAUCAUCGGAUCUUAAACAAAAUGAAAGGACAAAUUCAGGCAAAGAGGAAUCUACCAAAAGACCCAAGUUAACUUGGAAGACUGAUCAAGCUGCAAUGAGUUAUCCAGACAUCCCUGUGGAAAAUGAAGAAACUGAAGAAGACAAACAGUCCAGUAAAGAUUAUCAUGAUUAUGAGGAGGAUUUUGAGGAUUAUGAGGAGGACUUUGAGGAUCCAGAUGAAGAAGAGGAGAAUUUGAUAAUACAUGAUGAUAGUGUAAGAGAAGAAAAAAAGGAGUUGAGCCCCAGGAGAAAUGAAGAAAUUGAAGCCAUCCAGAGAGCCAUAGAUGAGGAGAAUGAGAGAAUCUACUCUACAAGAUCAAAGCCCACAAACAUAGAGUCAUCUGUCAACCAGAGAGAGAGUCACUUCAACAGAGGCCAAAAACAUGGCACAAUUAUUGAUUUUGUAUCUGCAAAGCAGCGGGAGCUCAGCCAGAAGGUGGCCAAAAAGCAGAAGCAACGCAGUGAGGAACUCCUGCGUCUGAUUGAUUUAGACUUCUCCAUCACCUUCUCUCUCCUGGACCUGCCUCCAGUUAAUGAGUAUGACAUGUACAUCAAGAACUUUGGUACAGCCAACACAAAGCAGGCUUAUGUGCAGUGCAAUGAAGAGAAUACUGAUCGAGACAUUCAAACAGAGGAAAUUGACGUGACAGACAAAUGGACACAACAUCCACCAGAAACUAAGGCAGCAUGCGGAGGACCUAAGACUUCUCAAGAGACUGCUGAUGAGUCCAUUGCAAACAUGUCCAUUGAUUCUCAACGUUUAACUACUUUUCUGCGUUCUGCCACACAAGUCAUGGCUGUUCUGAUAGAGGAGAAUAAUGCAGAGAAUAAUUCUCUAAGAAGACUACGCUCCCAAACAAACGCACUGUCUUUCAGUGAUGGCUGUCUUCAACUUAACACCAAACUGCCAUUUCUGCAUGGUAGGCAAGUGAGUCUGCUGCAGUUUUCACAAGUCCAGAGACAGACUCUUCUCUCUGUUCAUCCUCCUUCUUCCAAAACUAGUGCUGUGCGACUUGACAGCGAGACAGUCAUCUGUGUGUGGAACAUGUGGGAACCAUCUAGACCUCAGAAAAUUCUGCUUUAUGAAUCUGAGGUGAAAUGCUGUUGUUUCAGUCCUGGUAAAGUUACUUUAGUGUUUGCUGGUACAGCGGUCGGUUCAGUUGUGGUCUGGGAUCUCAGAGAACAUUCUGGUACUCACUUCAACCUGGUGGUUGGCACGGAGGAGUGGACACUACGCUACCCCACCUUCUCAACCGAUGCUGUACUUUCAGGAGUAGGACAUCUCUCUCCUGUGGUGUCUGUUGAACCUGUACUGGCAACGGCAGAAACAAGUUCAAAAAGCAUGGUAACGGCAGACAUAGAAGAGUCUCUGGGACUCUCAUUCCAGUUAGCAUCUCUGGAUGAAAAUGGGGUGUUAACUCUCUGGGUUGUGGUUGAGAUGCCUAAAGGGAAUGAUUCAGGAUCUCAGUCAGACCUAGGUCUUAGGCCUGGCGGUAAAGUUAAACUACUCCACAGCUCCUCUCUACAGACCACUGAAAGAUUAUCUCAGGACAUAAUGGCCUGUGGACCUCCUCCGAGCCUUCAGCUCAAGUUCAUGCCGUCUGACUCUAGCCAUUACUUCAUUGCUACUAACAUGGGUCUGGUUAGGCAUGGCACAAGGCAUCGGUUGAAAGUUCUUCCAAAGUACUACAGGUCACAGUUUGAUAGUUGUAGACCAGUGGAGGUCACAACACUUGACUUUAGUCCAUCAGGAGAACCUCUUUUCUUGGUUGGCUGCAGUGAUGGUACGGUUCGUCUACACUCUGUCCUGAAAGAAGAUCCUCUGAUGGAGUGGACCGGAUGCUCUGGUGGUUCUCCCAUUCUCUCAGUUCAGUGGUCUCAGACGCGGUCAGCUGUGUUCUGUGUUCUGGAUGCUGCAUCCAACUUUUACAUCUGGGACCUAACAGAGAAAGACUAUGUGCCAGUUAUCAUUGAGAAUAUGCACAGUGACUGGGUCACAGCAAUGGCUGUGUUCGGUGAGCCAGCCAAACAGAACACAUUUUCUGGGGUUGCACUUGGCAGGCAAUCUGGCAAGGUGGAAAUACAAUAUUUCACAAAGUCACUCACAGUGCCCAAUGUCUCCGACGAAGAAAAGCUUCAUUCUGUUUUGCUGGAUGCUUUCUGAUAUAAGAUAUAGUCGUUUUAUACAAAUUAUUCUAGAACUUGUACUUCCGAGACCAUAUUCAGUUUAUUCAGUUAAAUACUUAAUAUGAAAAUGUAAGGAGAAAUCACAAGACAUUCAAAAUAUGGAUAAACUCCCUGAAUGUAGUGAAUGGUAUUUUAUUGUAGUAACUUCAAUGAAGUAACUAAAGCUACACAUCUGCAUAAGGAUGACCAUUAAGUGUUUUCUAUUGCAACUUUAUUUGACAACCGAGGAACUUAAAAUGGACCACAACUUAAUCUUUGUUGACAUUAGAUAAAGCAUGAUGUUUUGCUGCUAAAAACAAUUUGUAGAAUUACUGUAGAAACACUAAAGAAAUCAUAUAGAUAUAAGCAUUACUGUUCCUCAGGGAUAUAAAGACAUAGCCUCUAUUUUAUAUUGGUUUAUAAUAUGUAUAUUAGUUCUUACACAGUAGCAUUUAUACAGAAAUGUAUUUAAUAUCUAUGAUUUCAAGUUCAUUUCUUUAUGCUUAAAGUAUAUGAUUAUACUCUAAUUAUUGAAAUAUUUUUAUUUGAUUAAAAGACAAUUACAUUU